GCUCUGUUUUGGAUAUUAUAAAGCACAUUGUGGCCAAAGGAGAACACAAGACCGGUGUUCUGGAUGAACCCUGUAUAGCCACGAUCCUUAAGGAGGUGCUGGAGGGGCUGGACUACCUGCAUAAAAAUGGACAAAUCCACAGGGAUGUGAAAGCAGGAAAUAUUCUUCUUGGAGAAGAUGGCUCAGUGCAAAUUGCAGACUUCGGUGUUAGCGCAUUUCUGGCCACUGGUGGUGACAUUACCAGAAAUAAAGUCAGGAAAACCUUUGUGGGCACACCUUGCUGGAUGGCACCAGAAGUUAUGGAACAGGUCAGAGGAUACGAUUUCAAGGCAGACAUCUGGAGCUUUGGGAUCACUGCGAUUGAACUGGCUACAGGGGCAGCUCCUUACCAUAAAUACCCGCCGAUGAAGGUUUUAAUGCUGACGCUACAAAAUGAUCCUCCAUCUUUGGAAACUGGUGUGCAAGAUAAGGAGAUGCUGAAGAAGUAUGGGAAAUCAUUUAGGAAGAUGAUUUCAUCGUGCCUACAAAAAGACCCUGAAAAAAGACCGACAGCAGCAGAACUGUUAAGACACAAAUUUUUCACAAAAGCAAAGAAUAAAGAAUUUUUACAAGAGAAGAUGUUGCAGAGAGCACCAACAAUCACUGAAAGAUCCAAAAAGGUCCGGAGAGUCCCAGGUUCCAGCGGACGUCUUCAUAAGACUGAAGAUGGUGGCUGGGAAUGGAGUGAUGAUGAACUAGAUGAAGAAAGUGAGGAAGGCAGAGCAGCAAUUUCACAGCUCAGGUCUCCCAGAGUGAAAGAACCUGUACAGAAUUCUGAGCUAUUCCCAUCAGCUGAGCCUCCAGGUCCUUCACUCAAUGCUCCAGCACAGGCACCUACUCAACUACCUCAGGCUGCAGGACAAGUACCUGCACAACCUCAAACUGCUGUACCUCCACCUAGUCAGGCUCUUCCAGCAGCCCCAGCAGCAGCCCAGGCCCCACCUGCCCCUGCUGCAGCUCCGGUACAGGAAGAUACGAAAGUCCCCAUCAGCCUUGUACUAAGGUUAAGGAAUUCGAAAAAAGAGCUCAACGAUAUUCGAUUUGAAUUUACCCCAGGGAGAGAUACUGCUGAUGGUGUGUCUCAAGAGCUCAUUUCAGCAGGUCUUGUUGAUGGCAGAGAUCUGGUAAUAGUUGCAGCUAAUUUGCAGAAAAUUGUGGAAGAGCCCCAGGCAAACAGAUCCGUCACUUUCAAACUGGCAUCUGGUGUCGAAGGCUCAGAUAUUCCUGAUGAUGGCAAACUUAUAGGAUUUGCACAGCUCAGCAUCAGCUAAACAAUGGUCCCAGGAGAUGUCUCCCAACUGAGAACCCACAUGUGCAUAUUCGUAAUGCUUCUGUUAGCCUAAAAAAAACCACUACUGCCAAAGAAUUGAACUACAGCCCCCUUCCUAGAAGCUUUAACAUUUUCCUUAACAGGAUCACAAACCUUCCUGAAAUUACCGAUGGCGUUUACACCUUUUGUAAACAACUCUCAUGUUUUUGUAUUUGUCAUCUCAAACAUGCAGAUCCAACACGUCAUUGCCUGCAUGUUCAUUUUAUUAUGGCCUUACUUUAAAGAAAAAUACUACUGAGUACGAAGCAGGGGGUUCCACUGCUCUGAUGAUCUUGCCUAAAUAUUUGCUUACAUGUGGUUUCAUUUUUUUUCACUUGCUAUUUUUGCACAAGUUUUAAUACUGAAUGGAUUUUUUUUUGUUCUUCACCUGCUUCUCCUCUCUGAAACACCAAUGUACAUGUUGUUUGGGUCACCUGGAGUGCUGAGAAAUCUGCUUCUCUUUGGCUGUGUUUUUUUAAAACUGCUGGUUUGAAUGCUUGCACCCGAGAAAGCAAGCCAAGUCUUAACCCACGGGAGGGAGAGCCUUCUUCCCUUGUGUUUGUGUUUUUGAGAAGUUUCUUGACUUUGAGGUGUUAGAAGUCAGCUUCCCUUUUGUAAACUGC